UACGCCUUUUCUACCGUAAGAAUCUCCGUUGUCACGAUAACGUUACGAACUUUAUGUACGCUGUGGGAGUACCGAUUGCAGAACAAGUCUUACAACAACAGUCAGCUGUGUGAUGGAGAAAUCGUAGGCAACUCAGGUUGCGCCUCAAAUGUAAUAUUUUUGUUUCAUACUUUUUUACCAUUGUGCGUACGUUCUUUAUUAGACGUGGUGGGACAUGGAGGACGAUGCACCUGUCAUUUAUGGCCUCGAAUUUCAGGCUCGUGCACUCACUGCACAGACCGCAGAAACGGAUGCCAUCCGCUUCCUUGUCGGCACACAGUCCCUGAAAUUUGACAAUCAGAUCCACAUCAUUGACUUUGAUGAUGAGAAUAACAUCAUUAAUAAGAACGUCCUGCUGCAUCAGGCUGGGGAGAUAUGGCACAUCAGUGCCAGUCCAGCUGAUAAAGGCCUCCUUACCACCUGCUACAACAAAACCAGUGACAGUCGCGUGGUGACGUGCGGCGCGGUGUGGCGGAUGCCACCUGAGUGGGAGUCAGGCAGCCACGAGUCCCCCGACGACUCCUCCCACAACCCCCAGACGCUGGAGCUCCUCUGUCACCUUGACAACAGCGCCCACGGCAACGCCGCCUGUGUCAUCUGGGAGCCUAUGGGAGACGGCAAGCGUGUGAUCUCUCUGGCUGAUAACCACGCUCUGCUGUGGGACCUUCAGGAGAGUUCCACCCAGGCCACGAUGUCCAGCAGUGCCACCCUAGAGGGCAAAGGUCAGCUCAAGUUCACCUCUGGGAAGUGGAGCCCACAUCACAACUGCACUCAACUGGCCACCGCUAACGACACGGCCAUACGGGGCUGGGACCUGCGCACCAUGAGUCAGAUCUACUGUAUAGAGAGUGCCCAUGGCCAGCUGGUGCGGGACCUGGACUUCAAUCCAAACAAGCAGUACUACCUGGCCAGCUGCGGGGAUGACUGCAAGGUCAAGUUCUGGGACGUGAGGAAUAUCAACGAGCCCGUGAAGAGCCUCGAGGAGCACUCGCACUGGGUGUGGAGCGUCCGCUACAAUCACUCCCACGACCAGCUGGUGCUGACAGGCAGCAGUGACAGCAGGGUGAUCCUGUCCAACAUGGUGUCCAUCUCCUCCGAACCCUUCGGACACCUGGUCGACGAUGACGAGCUGAGCGACGGGGAGGACAACCAGCAGGAGGAGAAGAGCAAGGAGCCCCUGCAGGACAGCAUCAUCUCCACCUACGAGGAGCACGAGGACAGCGUGUACGCGGUGGAGUGGUCCUCGGCUGACCCCUGGCUCUUCGCUUCUCUCAGCUACGACGGCAGGCUGGUCAUCAACAGGGUGCCCCGUGCCCUCAAGUACCGCAUCCUGCUGUAGACGUCCGGGGGGGGGGUGGAUGGAGGGUUGAUGAGAAGGGUGGAUGAAGAGGAAGAUCGAAGCUAGGAAAGGAUAGGGGGAGAGAGAGAGAGAGAGAGGGGGGAGGGGGAGCAAAAAUUGGAAGGAGGAAUACGUCUGAGGAAAGCAGGUGAGAGAGAAAAGGGGUUCAGAUUUAGACAACGGGUUGGCUUGGGGUCGGAGUGAGCGGGGCAGGCAGAUGAAGAUCACCGGGACUCCGGCCCAAAGAACAUUGCCUGACUCGCUGACUGACGAGAAAUACAUAAACAAGCAUGCAUGCAAAUCCAUGACGACAGACACAAAGAGAGCCUCAGCUAGGAGACGGAGAAGACCAGAUAGGAUGGACGCUGCGUACCAAGACAACCGUAACACUACCAAUUACCAUUGUUCUUUAUUGCCAAGACAGGCGACAAAGGCAUGGCUGACUGCAGCUUGCAGCACACACACACACACAUACUCGCACAGCCAACACUGUCUUAGCUCCCUACAGCAGUGCGUUCCGUAUCUUGUGCGCUUCCAGACACCAACCAUAACACCGAGACCUCCUGAGCCCCGCUGGACAUGACUCAGCACCUCCCGCGUCUACACCGCCUGCAUGCACACUAGGACUUCCUCUCUCUCUCUCUCUCUCUCUCUCCCCGUUUCUCUUCCUCUCUCCGUCGUCUCCCUAAACAGCCUCCUGCGUUCUCUUCCUCCCUGGACCGCUAAAAGCUAACCUCUGACACGAGACAUUCCAUUUGCCUUCAGGUACCAGUCUGUGUGUGUGUGUGUGUGUAUGUGUGCUGGAUGAAAUGCAACACUCCCUGUACAUCUUUGUUCGGGCAGAGUCAAAACGUGAUUUUCUUUUUUUUUUUACUGUAAUGGGUUUGUUAUUGGCUGUGAAGUGAUGUAUGUUUAUACAGUAGGCCUCACCCUGGGGGGAAACUGGAUAGCAGUUAGCUGAACUUUCCCUUUUUUCCUCUUAGCUUGUUCUUGUCGUUCCUUUCUCCCUUCCUUGUUCCUCUUCUCUCCCUGGUCUCUCCACCUUCUACUUUUACUCCUCUGCCCUUCUUGUUUUCGGUUCCCAUCUUCGAAGGCCUGGGUUGGUUCCGUGUCAUUGGACCUCGUGUUGGCCCUUGUAUUGCUAAAUGUACAAAAUGUUAACCUCUGGGGUCAAGAAGAAUUCUUAUAUCCAAAUGAAGUGUACAUUACUACAGUGGCCUUGUAAUCUGUCCCAGAAUACAAUUGAUGAUCCUAACCUUG